GCCUUUCUCAGAGGAACAGACAGUAAGACGAGCUGGUCUGACCAGCGAUCUGCCAGACCGCAGCUGACCACACUGCAAAAUAACUCUGAGACUCAUUCAGAACUGAAAGAAGAUUCUGUUAAGAACAUGGAGGGAUCCAUUUUUAUCCUCCUCCUAUGGUGUCAUCUCCAAGGCGUCGGAGGCCAGAGCUGGACCGUGUCUCUGCCCCAGACUGUGAAGGGUCUGCAGGGUUCCUGUGUGAGGAUCCCCUGCAGUUUCACGCUGGAGUGGGGCUGGGAUACUUCCCUGGACCAUACAUGUGAAGCCCAAUGGUUUAAGGAUUUUAGGCGAGACCCAGUGUUUGACUCCAGCCUCGAAGGACAUCAAAACCUCUACCAGGGAGAGCUGGUGGGGAAUCUCCUGACCAGAGACUGCACAACCAUCUUCCACAACCUCCCCGUCUUCCAAUCCAACCUUUUCUUCAGAAUUGAUUGUCGAAACAAUCUCAAAUACAACUACGCUACUGGCGUUAUGGUCGAUGUUAAAGAUGUGUGGAAUCCGUUCUUGAGUCCAAAAGGCCGAGUGGAGGCUGUUGAAGGCAGGCCAGUCAUGCUUUCCUGCACUGCUCAGAUCCUCUGUCCGUACCGACCCACGCUGUCAUGGACACCAAGCCUUGGAGACACCCAGGAGACAGUGGAAGAUGAGCUUGUGACCUCUGUGCUGACCUUCAAUGCCUCCUCGCUUCACCAUGGACAGAGGAUCACCUGCUCCUCCCUCUACAAGCGCAACACAGGACCCAGCGACGCCUCCUUCAAACAAUAUUUGACCCUCAACGUUUUGUACCGUCCGGACAACGUAUCGGUGGAGUGGCCGUCCAGCCCGGUGCUGGAGGGAAGCUAUGUGAGUCUGCGCUGCAAAGGCUCCGCCAACCCCCGGGUGGACCGCUACGCCUGGUACCGCUCCCGACUGAACCCAGGAACCGAUCAGCGGCCCUCUGAGGGGCCCCUGGGUUUCAGUCGGUCCAUCACCGUGUUGGUCUCUGCAGACGCUCAGUACUUCUGUGAAGUGGGGAACCUUUACGGAGCGAAGAACACCAGCCUGACCCAGAUGGUCGUCCACUAUCCUCCUAGAGAGGUGGAGCUGAGGGCGGAGCCGCAGGGCGGGGUGCAGGAAGGACGGGGCUUCACGCUGAGCUGCUCCGGCCGGGCCUGGCCCUCCUCAAACUACACCUGGUACCUGGUCUCAGCAGGGGCCCCCGGGGUCAGGGUCCCUCUCCCAGACCACGGGGCCAACCUCACGGUGGAGCGGGCAGAGCGACGCCACGGCGGACGCUACUACUGCCUCGCCGGAAACUACCUCGGAGCGAAAGAGUCGGACCCCGUCCACCUGGACAUCCUCUUUGCUGCUGAGAUCCUAAACUCCGCCCUCUGUGUGAGGAUCCCCUCUGGGGUCCUCUGCUCCUGUGAGAGCCAGGGGAACCCCGUGCCAACGCUGACCUGGACAUUGGACGGAGAGGCCGUCGAUCACUCUGCACACCGUCCCAUCAGGGAGUAUCAAACAGGCAACCUGGGAAUCAUGAGUGUCAUCAGCUUGCCCCAAUCAGACAAAGACCCGCCCACUGUCAUGUGUCUCAGCAACAACUCUAUGGGCGACAACCGCUUGGAGUUAAACUUGUCUUUCUCUAAAAGCGAACCUGACUUGGUGCUGUGCAUUGUCAAAUCUGCUGUGAUGUUCGUGGGAUUAGUGUGCGUGGUCGUCUGUAUUAUAAGAACUCGGAAGAGGGGUGAGGAGACGCGGUCCUUUAACGCUGCCACUGUGAAGCGAGCCCCCCCAGACGAGGAGGAUUCCCAGGUCGUCUUCGGAGGUGAGGAGGACGACUACGUUAACAGCGGGAUGCAGAUGAACCCGGUUGGGCCGAGAGAGGAGGCUGUUCUGAGAGCCGAUUCCCCAGUCUCAACGCACCGUGAUGCAGCCUCCUCCUAGCGGACAGGCCCUGCAGGCUCCCACCCAGGACGACCGGUCUCUAGCUGACUGAAGAUACUCAGUAAACCGUUUAUGAUGACCAAGUAUUUCCUACAGGUAGAUAUUGUAAAAAGUUAGCAUAUAGCUUUUUUUUUAAUAAGUUGAUAGCCAUCGGUGUCAGUGGUAGCCUGCCCUGUACGCUGAAUAUGCAGUUGUGUGGACCAGCUAAGCCAGUUCACCAUUAAUUCUCUAAUUCAAGAUCCAUUCGGAGGGGUUAUGUUGGCCUUUGGUGGUGAUUUACAUUCACAGCCGAGGUAGAGAAGGCUUGUAGUUGUCAGAAGUGAACUUUAAUGCAAUAUAUACUGUUUCAUACACAGAGGUGUCAAAAGUAUUCACAUUCAUUACUCAAGUAGAAGUAUAUAUACUAGCGUUUAAAAAUACUUCUGUAGAAGUUGAAGUAUCAACUCAAGCUUUUUACUUAAGUAAAAGUAUAAAAGUACUGGUUUCAAAACUACUUAAAGUAUAAAAGUAAAAGUAAUGCAAGGGGGAAAAAAUGCCAUUUAGGACAAAAGCGUAGGCCGUGCCACAGGGGCCUAUAGAAUUACAAUCAGCUUUGUUUGCCAAUUAUGCUCACACAUACAAGGAAUUUGGUCUCUGCAUUUAUCCCAUCUUUGAAUUAGUGACACACAAAGCACACCUCUAUAGCACACUGCCCCACUUCCCCCAAAAAACAUUUUUUUAAAGGCCAUCUAAUGACUAUAAUGUUAAUGUUGAAAAAAUUGGGAUGCACCCGUUUCAGACACAUUUAUACCCAUGGAAAAUGAAUGCAUAUUAGUACAAUGAAAAUACAUUAAAGAACCGUACAUGUGUACUACUGAGCAUUAACAAGUGUUUCAUGGAGCGGAAGAUAUGAUGACUAGUUCCCUGUAAGUAUUGGAAUGGUGCAAAAAGUCAAACUUCAGAGGCAUGUUAUCAAAAGCCUUUAUUGGGAAUGUAAAUGUAUGUUCCAAGCUUAGCUGCAGGAAUUUAAGAUGCAACGAGUAAGAACUGAGUUGUUUUUGCAACCAACCAUUUCAAAAAAAUCUUCCAGGUACGGCCAGGGAUGCAGAAGGGUUGGCUGGUCUUCUUAGCUACCAACCUCCUCACUGGUGCUUGGUUGGGACAUUUCCCUCAUCUACUGCUAUUUCGUAGCCGGAAUGUGGCGCGAUUUAUGUCAUGUCAGAGAAUGUAGACGGGCUCUGGUCAUGCGCAGGUGCCAUGUAUCGCGUAUAAACCAAUAGGGUGUCAGAAUGUUAUAUGUUUCUAUUCUCAUCCAACCAUUCAAAUUCACUCUAUCCGAUGGCGCAAAUUAUCUGGAUAGGUUUUUUUUUGAACGCCGGCGGAAUAAGAACAAGCCGAAAUUAAAUAGGAGUAACGAGGCCAUUUUUUAAAAGUAAGGAGUAGAAAGUACAGAUAAGUGCGUGAAAAUGUAAGAAGUAGAAGUAAAAAGUAGGCUGAAAAAUAAUUACUCCAGUAAAGUAUAGAUACCCAAAACUUCUACUUAAGUAAGGUAACAAAGUAUUUGUACUUAGUUACUUGACACCUCUGUUCAUACAUUGUGUGAAACAUGACAGCAAAUCUAUUGAAAUUAAUAAAUGUAUUAAUUGUAAUUCCAGCCUUUUGGUCAAAUAAACAUUGGUCAAGUUUCUACUAGGUUUUAUAGCAAUGUCUAAUGUUAAUUAAAAUGUGCAACCAUCUCUUUUAAACAAAUGCAGUCUUCUGGGUUUUUUUAAGUCACAGUUCUCAGCUCAAGGCAAGGAGUGGCCCCAAAGAAAGUCUUGCCUAGGGCCCCCUACUGCCUAGAGUCAACACUUACCAGUAUCCAUGGUAACAUCUAGUGUCCCUGGUAACAUCUAGGGCCCUAUCUUGCAUCCGGCGCAAGUGACUUAGUCACUGGCGCAUGUGUCGUUGCUAGUUUACAACUGGCGCAAAGCGUUCUUUUCCCACCAGCGCCACUCGCCGGUAAAUUAGGGAUUGAUCAUGCGCCGCAAGGGGCGGUUCGGCGGAAGGAGGAGGUGUGUUCUGGCGCAAACGGUAUUUUGCCGUCUCUGAAUACCAUUGCGCUACUGACCAGGAAAUACCUGGUUUAAAGUCAGUGGCGCGUUGUUCAGACGCUAUUUUAAGGGCGGAUGCAUACAUGCGCAUGCGAUGCAUACGGAUUGCUUGUGCACCUCGCGCAUACACUUUGCUUCUCUCAUCUACCUAGCCGCACAUUCUUGGUAAAUUAUUUGGGAAAGAACAGCUGAUGCAGCGGUAAUAAGUUGUACUUUUAAAUCAAUGCAUCUGCAAACACCGUACAGCAAACACAUAUUUUCUUGACACAGACAUCGUGUAGGCCUACAUGCCCAUAACUUUUAGGAUUGAUGAGUAGGCCUAUUUGAUCGUGAAAAACAUUGUUUUACCGCGAGUGAGUGUUAAAAAUAAUGAAUGAAUGCGGGCGCGCGUGUGUGCUCUGUAAGGCGCCCAGUUUCCAACCUCGAAAUUUCACUUCAUUUAAAUUUAAUUUGCAUGGUAUUUCUUAUCCUUACCAGAUGCCCGAACCACCUCAGCUGACUCCUUUCUAAGUAAAGGAGCAGCGGCUCUAAUCCGAGUUCCUCACGGAUGGCUGAGCUUCUCACCCUAUCCCUAUCUCGUCCUUUCGGUCAUCACCCAACCCUCAUGACCAUAGGUGAGGAUAGGAACGAAGAUCGACCGGUAGAUCGAGAGCUUUGCCUUGCGGCUCAGCUCUCUUUUCGUAACAACGGUAAAGCGAACGCAAUACCGCCCCCGCUGCUCCGAUUCUCCGGCCAAUCUCACGCUCCAUCCCUCACUCGCGAACAAGACCCCGAGGUACUUGAACUCCUUCACUUGGGCAAACUAAAAACGUAACGCAUAAUACAAUCAAUGGCAAUGUAGGCCUAUAUUACCGCGGGGACACAUGCAUAUUAGGAUAGCAUACAAUACUGAUAAGAAACAAUGUUUAUAAUGUAUUGCGUAUAUCAUUAAAUAGAACCACGUUACCGCAUAUCAUAGCCUAUCAUACGUUUUCUUUGCGAAAUGUAUUUGAGGACUCAGUAUAUUCCAUGUGUGAAUUAUGCCAUAUUAGGCUAUUUGGCAAUAAACUAAGCCAUUUGCAGUAUGAAAUUCUCGGAGACUGCAGACGCGCUGUCAAAAUAUCAACUCGUCCGAUUCAAAUGCGCUCAUGGCUCUUAAAGGGGAUGGGAGCUGGCACUCUCAUUGGUUUGUUGCACGUUACGCCCAAACCACACCUACGGGUAAUUAGGCUGCUUCAGACCAACCCUUUUGACACUUGCGCCGCGGCGCAAGCGUCAUUUAUCCGCCUGUAAAAUAGCGAUAGCGCCGUAGAACCGCCCACAAAGCUACUUGCGCUUUGCGCUUCCCACUUGCGUUUCAGACCGUUAAAAUAGGGCCCCUAGUGUCCUAGGUAACCACUAGCAUACCGUGGGGCCCUGGUACCAACCAGUCUUCCUGGUCAGUAUUAAUUAAGAGCAGUGUUUACAGUAUCAAGAGAGAACAAUAUAAACAGUGUUAUCAGAUGACCGUAUCAACAGUAAGCAUUGUCAGAAGGGAAUAUUAUAAACAGAUAGCAAUAUAAAAGGUAUUCGUAUUGACAGAGUACAUUAUUAAGAGUAUUAAGAGCAGCAUCAAUAGUAUGAACACUGAACACUUUACAUUAACAGAACAGAAUUAUCAGUAUUCAUUUAUUUAUUUCAUAACAUUCUGCAAAAGCAAUGGAUUUCAUCAGUCUCAAGCACUAUUGUGUAACCUAAUUUGGCGAUAGAUUGUCAAGAUUGCCAACGCAAAUGUGUUAUGCAACACACUUACUGAACUACAUCAUACAUUGACCAUGAUAAGUCAUCAGAGAUGAAGGCCACUGUGGCAGUGUGUGUGUGAUGAUGACUGGUUUAAGCAGCCUCAGCUGGCGGAGUCUGAUUGGACUCUGGUGCUGGGGGAGGCUGCACACCUGUUGCACAUUGAGUAAUCAGUGAGCACAGGUUAGACCAGCCGUCUGACCUCGGCAGCGGAGCACCCUUGUCGUGUUCAUUAUCACACUUUGUGCAAUCAACCAUAUUUAUAACCCCACCACCCUACGUCCUUUGUCUUGAGGAGCCCAAAAUAAGUCACCUAGGUGGGGUGGGGCGGCGUCCUAGGUGGGGUGUAACAUGGACCUUUGCUACAGGCAGUAUAAACAGAGCAGGAUCAACAGUAUUAGCAGAGAUUAUUACCAAAAGUAUUAACAGGGCAGUAUUAACAGAGAUUAGUAUAAACUGUAUUAACAGGGAACAGUAUUAACAGAGCAGUAUUAACAGUAUUAACAUAUCAGUAUUAACAGUACUAACAGUUGUGCCGACCCCGCGGCUCGAGGAGACUGGGGGCGGGUCCCCUGCUCAUGUGUUGGAGGUCGUGGGAGGAGCCAGUGGCUCAUUACGGAGAGGUGGAACCACCCGUGACAUGCGUUCUCAGAAGCUGCCAAUUUGAAUGACCGCAGUCUUCAAGCCCUCGACUCCAGUGCACUCGCUUUCCGUUGUGCAGGAUGCUCAACUUCCCGUUUUUUGUUCCAUUACCCUGCUUUGUCGACUCUACACCACUACAUAACAUAUAUCCAUCAUCCACUUACUGUGUUACUGAUGCUGCUGAUCUACACAUGUCAUUACUUCAAUUUAGUGGUCGUCCUUCAUUCAAUUAUGUUAAGUUUACUCUUUCAAUCAUCACCCUCUCCAAUAGUUUGUUACAGCCUAGAGCCGUGUCUAAACACAGUAUUAACAGAGAACAGUAUCAACAGUAUUAACAGUAUUAACAGAACAGUAUCAACAGUAUUAACAGAGAACAGUAUCAAUAGUAUUAACAGAACAGUAUCAACAGUAUUAACAGAACAGUGUCAACAGAAUCAACAGUAUUAACAAAGAACAUUAUCAACAGCAUCAACAGUGAGAAGAAUUAACAGAGAACUGUAUCAACGAGAUUAACAGAACAGUAUCAACAGUGUUAACAGAGAAAAGUAUCAUCAGAGAACCGAAUGAACGGUGUUAACAUUAUUAACAAAAUGAUUAGAAGUCAGUAUCAACAUUAUUACCAAUGAACAGUGUGAACGGCUUUAACAGUGUUUACAAUAGUAACAGUAUUAAAAGAGAAAAGUAUCAAAAGUAUUAAUAGAGAACAGUAUUAGCUGCAUUAACAGCGUUAACAUUAUUAACAGUAGUAGCAAUUAACAGUAUUAAGAGUAUUUGCUAAUCAACAGUCAUACAGUGCAGUAUUAAUAUUGGUUGAUUAUGGUUUAGUUGAACCUUUAAUCUCUAAUUAUAUAUACUUCCUGUAUGUUGGCUCAGCUCUAAGUUAUGUCUCUGCUCAUGUACAUUUUAAUAAGUUCCUCAUUCACGCAUCUCUACUCAAGGAGUAGAGGAACUUCAUAUCAAGUCCUUCACCUCUAUCACAUAAGUCAACCCUAUGCCUGGUUGAUAGAACAAAGGAACAUAAUUACAUUUACAUGUAUUGAUAUAUAUUAUUUUUAGUUUUAUUCAAGCAAUACCUGUUUUAGUUAAUGUAAGGGACCGGGUGAUAUCUUUUGUUUUCCUGUUUAUAUCUCUGUCUAAACUUCUCAAUAGUUGAACAUGUCCAAUUAAAUGUUAACUUUUAAGGCAUUACAUCACAUGAGCAUGGUUAUUAUCAUUGUUCUACUUUGAAUAUUGGUAUUAUAUGAUUGGAAAUUAGUUUAAUCAGUCAUGGUAAAAGUGGAAGAUUUACUGGUAUUUUGAAAAUACAUUUCUUUAGCAGUUUAGAAUGUCUUACUAUAAUUAGUCUAGUACUGAAUACCUUUAGUGUAGUACGAUAUUAAGUGUAGCAGCAGAAGUUAAUGAGAUUUUUGUAUUUCUCCUGAUGGAGUUCUGGAGGAGAACAUGACUGGAUCCUGGAGACAUGCUCUGUAGUCUCCUGCAAGGUUAACAUCUCAACCCUCUCUGAUGUUACCUUUAAUAGGUACUAUAUUAAUACCUGUAGCACUGACGUUCUCUCUGUAGUACACUCUCUAAUAUCUUUGAUACUCUAUUUUUACCCUCUGUAGUACUCAAAUAAAACGCCCUGUUAAUGCAUACAUUACUCUCAUAAAACCUGUAGUACUCUGUGUUCCUCUGUUAAUACCUAUAGUACUCUCUUACUACCUGUAGUGCCCUCUGUAGUACUCUUUUAAUACCUAUUGUACUCUCUUAAUACCUGUAGUACCCUCUGUAGUCCUCUGUUAAUACCUGGAGUAUUCACUGUAAUCCUCUGUUAAUACCUGUAGUUCUCUCUGUUGUCCUCUCUCAUUACCGGUUGUAAUAAUAUAAUAAUAAUACAUUUAAUUUAGAGGCGCCUUUCAAAACACCCAAGGUCACCUUACAGAGCAUAUAGUCAUCAUACAUAUUUAAAAAAAAAAAAAAAAAAAAAAAAAAAAAAAAACAAGACAUUGUGGAAAAAAUAAAUAAAUAAAUAAAUAAAUAAAUAAAUAAACAUAAGCAAUAAGAAAUAAAUAAAACAAAAACAAGACAAAACAAAACAAAAAAACAAUCAAAACAGUGAUCAGUUAGACGUUGUGUGCGAGUUUGAACAGGGCCCCGUUUCCCGAAAGCGUCGUUAGCCUAAGUGGAUCGUGAAGUGCGUCGAAAGGGCAUCGUAGAGUUUUCACCGCGUUUCCCGAAAGCAUCGUGGGGAACGAACGUCUUGAAAACGCUCGUAGCUAACGAGUACUCCAGGGGUGCUCGUAGGUACUCGUAGGACGCUAAGAGCAUCGUCAGCUAUAGCCUCAGUGGCGACACCAUCGGACAUUCCGUCUAUUGGAUGCGUUUUAUUAAAAAGCAUUGCGCCUUUAUGUCCUUAGUUUGGUAAUUAAUAAAGAUUAUUAAUUAAUUUAUUAAUAAAGAUGUUAAAAUGGCCAAAAUAAAACGGGACAGUCCAGAAAAUGUUUGCGCAGGCAGGGCACUCAAAAUGUGUGAGAGAAAGUGGGGGGAUUUGUGCAGACUGACAUAGGCUACUCAUAAAACAUAGCAUAAAAUAAUGUAAAAAAAAAAUUAAAUUAAACAAAUUAAAAAAUAAAAUAAAAAACGAAAUAAAAUAAAUUAAAAAAAAUAAAACAUAAAGAAAUAAAAAAAAUAUAAAAAACAAGCAAAGGAGCAGGCAAAAGGCUGGGAUAUGGUGGGGAUUGGUCACG